AUGAGGGGUGGUGGGCUUCCUUUAGCCAUUCAGAGAGAUGGCGGCUUCGGUCUUGGCACCGGCUGCGCUGGUCACCCUGUGCCUUCGUUCGAGCUGCUGCGCGGCGCUCUGCCGCCUCAGCCGUCUGAGACCCGGCACACCGAGCUACGGUCGGUGUUGACUGUUGCUUGUGAACAGACUGAAGUACUGCUUUUUGACCCAAUAUCUUCAAAGCACAUUAAAACUCUCUCUGAAGCUCAUGAAGACUGUGUCAAUAAUAUCAGGUUUCUAGAUAAUCGACUGUUUGCGACUUGUUCUGAUGACACUACAAUAGCACUUUGGGAUUUGAGAAAGCUGAACACAAAAGUGUGCACUUUACAUGGUCACACUAGCUGGGUUAAGAACAUCGAGUAUGAUACCAAUACGAGAUUACUAGUAACGUCAGGGUUUGAUGGAAAUGUGAUCAUCUGGGACACAAACAGGUGCACAGAAGAUGGAUGUCCCCACAAGAAGUUUUUUCACACCCGUUUUCUUAUGCGAAUGAGGCUUACACCAGACUGUUCCAAAAUGUUGAUCUCGACCUCCUCUGGAUAUCUUCUGAUUUUGCAUGACCUUGACCUAAACAAAUCUUUAGAGGUUGGCAGCUACCCAAUUUUAAGAGCUAGGAGGACUACAACAAGUUCAGACAUAACAUCAUCAGGUUCGUCUGGUCCUCGAGCUGUAGGUUCACCGUGUCACCAGAAUGAUUCAAGUCUACUGUCUGAGAAACACAUGUCACGGUCCUCCCAGCGAGAAGGUGGAUCACCUAGAAAUAGUUUGGAGGUCUUAACACCAGAAGUUCCUGGAGAAAGAGAUCGAGGCAAUUGCAUUACAUCCCUACAGCUACAUCCAAAAGGGUGGGCUACGCUUCUUCGGUGCUCAAGUAAUACAGAUGACCAGGAGUGGACUUGUGUCUAUGAAUUCCAGGAAGGAGCCCCUGUGCGCCCCGUCUCACCUCGUUGUUCCCUGCGAUUGACUCAUUGCAUUGAAGAAGCCAAUGUGGGCCGGGGCUACAUCAAAGAACUUUGUUUCAGUCCUGAUGGCCGGAUGAUUUCAUCCCCGCAUGGCUUUGGGAUCCGCUUGUUGGGGUUUGAUGCACACUGCAGCGAACUUGUCGACUGUUUGCCCAAAGAAGCCAGCCCCCUGAAAGAAAUCCGUUCCCUCUACUCUCACAAUGACGUGGUACUGACAACAAAGUUUUCUCCAACACACUGUCAGAUUGCCUCGGGGUGCCUUAGCGGACGUGUUUCUCUGUAUCAGCCAAAGUUCUAG